AUGAGCAGACGAAUACCGUUCGUGACUGCUCAAUCACUAAGCUCUUACAUGAACAUCGAAUGGAAUCCGGAAUUUUUGAAACGCCGCAAACUUAACCACAAGUCGGAAAACAAACCCUUCCUCGAGACCAUUGCUGAAAUUGAAAUUGGAACGGAAAGCUUAGCCGGAACCCCUGCCAGGCCCAUUGAAUUGGACCAUGCCAUCCCACAAUUUAUACGAGAGCAUGACCAGUCUGAAAUCUGUACCCCAGAGGCCGAUAUGAUCCUCGCAUUCUGUAACAAUUCGAACUUCGAAAGUCUUCUUAAUGGGAGGGGAAACAACGCCAAGUGUGCACUCUUGGAUGAAAGGAAUUUCAAAGGAGGGGGAGUUCAGGUAAGGACUCAAAAAGGCCCGUUGACAGCAUUAGAGCUGUACAAAGCACUGAAGAAACCACGCUUUCACUCGUCAGCUGAUACCCAAGAUUCUGCGACCCUGAAUGCUGAGUCCGCCGAAGAAGAACGGCCAGAACCGGAUGCAGAUCGGAGAUUAAUAUUUUUAACUGAUCUCGACGGAUGGAGCAUGCUUGCGCUCAUUGGAACAGCAUCAGAUAGCCAGGCACCUGCUCUUCGAAAUGCUCUUUACAGACAUGUGGCUGCUCAGACAUUUGUUGGAGUGACUUGUGCGUCACCAGGAUACUUCGUGUUUCAACUUGCAUUUCACCUGCCCUACUAUGCCUGGAGAGAUACCAACAUUCCGAUCGAAGAUCACCGACGUGAUUCUAGGGGCGAACCCAUGAGGGAGCUCCAUGACGUCUCUUUUCUCAACUGCAAAAGCGAUGCAUUACAUUCUUUCAUUUAUGAAGCACAAAUCUCUUGUGUUGUUGCUGGCUCAGAUGUUUGGAGAUGGGUUGCGUAUUGUUUCGUGGAUUCCUACUUCGACGGUAACGACGAUGCACAGGAAACCGUCAUGGCAUACUACGAAGACAGUCAAAUCGACGGAGGCGUACUCAUGGAUCCUUGCACAGUGGGCUCUUCUCCGCUCUGCGCCAACAUCGAGGAUCCUUGGGAGUGGUUCCUGCUCGUCUUUCGAUGCCGUCUGGAUCAAAUCAGAAGCGAAUGGCGCCAGGUAGUUUGGAAAGUAAGACAGAGCAUUCGUGACUAUGAGAAAGUAUGGGUCCACCGUUAUGCUCCCGACCCAUCAGGCAACCGCUGGUUCGGGGAAGUCAGAGAACAGAAGGAAGAGAUCCGAGAACCGGAGAAGUGGGUGGCUAAGGCUAAAAAUCUUUUGACGCUUCUCUUACCGCGUCUGACGUGGACCGUGGAUGAGUGCGAGAGAUUUAUGUCGACCUACAAUAUCUACUUCGACGGCGUCUCAGAUGCAAAACACAUCGAACUAUCACGCUGCGGUAUUCAAACCUCGUUCGAGGAUCUGAAAUUCCAGGUGAAGACCCUCAAGGACACGGCAGAUGUCUGUGACGACUUUAUCAAGAAAGUGAGCUAUUCCCCCUUCGUCUUCCCUCAAAUUUUUCUGGCUUGCCACUGA